AUGUUUUGUUUGAAAUAUUUUGGGGUGAUAUUCAUCGACUCGAAUAAUGAUAACGACAUGUGCCAAACCAUUUACUCCGUUAUUUUAUUUACCACUUUCAUAAUUAUUGCGAUCAUGACACCCUAUGUUACACUUGAGUUUGAUGAUUGGUCGACCGCAUUGUCUACGUCUAUGUCACAGUUAAUAUGUAAUACAGUGAACAUUUCUUCAUUUAUAUCAAGAAUAAUUGUUCUGUACAACGUCAAGUACAAAAAAUAUCAAAAAUAUAAGACGACAUUAGAAGGAUUUGAGAUUUAUAUACCAAUGAACACAGUCGCUUUGAAACACAUCAAGUAUUUUUCUUUUACCGUGAUUUUCUUGUGCUUGAUUACUAUCUUACCUAUGAAUAUCUUAAAAUUGUUUUACCUGUUCCAUAACCACACCAAUCCCAUUUUAAUGACUACAUAUUUUUUUUUCUAUUACAUUCACAACAUAAGCAUGGUUUGUACGGAACUGCACUUUGUCAUCCAGUGUUUUGUGGUGUACACGAAGUAUCGAGAUAUAAGCGAGGAGUUAAUUCAAAUAAACGAUGAACAUAACUUUUACAACUUUAAUGUACAAUACCCGUUCAUUGCUAGCCAAGUGGCAACUCCAGCGAAAAGUAAUGAUCCGAUGCAAUCUCGUGUAAUCAUAUACGAAAAAGAUUUUUACUGUUCAAAGGACAAAAUAAGUCCAUUAGCGAACACUAUCGAACUUUUGAGGAUAAAACACUGGCUAAUUCGAGAAGCAGUCAAUGACCUCAAAUAUUUGUUUGACUUUCAAAUUAGUCUAUCGAUGAUUUGUAUAAUCACUUCAACACUAUUCGACAUAUAUACGUAUGGAUUUUAUUCGAAGUCAUACAACAGUUCAUUUAAUAAACCAGUAUUUCGAUCCAGUAUUCUAUUUUAUGGGUGGAUGCUUCAAUAUUCUUUCAGGUUUUGCAUCAUCGUUAUCACAGCACACACUGCAACUAAACAGGCGGUUAAAAUAAAAAAGUAUAUAACAGAAAUGAACAAUCGAUACUUAGAUUUAAGUACAAAAGAAGAGCUACACUUAUUUUAUAAUCAAUUAACCAUUUGUUCACCGCAGUUCACAGUCUUUAAUAUUUUCACUAUAAACAAUGGUAUAAUAACUUCGGCAAUGGCUGCUGGUUCAACAUAUAUCUUAAUAUUGAUACAAAUUCAUUCAGACAAAUAAAUUUAUUAGGAGCAAAUUUUUAGAUGAAAACUAUUCGUACAAAAUAAAAUAAAAUACAGAUUCAACAAACAAAUUUUUUCCAUUUAUUGAAUUGAAGACAUGUAAUUCACUAUUGAAUUAUUUAUUAAGAGCCGACAUGAAAAUCAAGACCUACGACCAACGACACUAACAGUACACAACUCAGUGUUAAAAUAAAAUCUAUUUUUGUUAAUUAAAUUAACUAUAAAAUAAAUAAUACUAAACUAAUCAAGUUAUUAAUAACAAAAAAUUAUGUAAAACAAUAGACAGAAGGUAUUUUAAUUUAACGUGUUCUUCAUUAUUGCCAUAUUGUAUUUAACACUAUUUCUUAAAAUAAUGAAUAAAAAUCAACCUUAUUGUAAGAAAGUACAAUAAUGUAACAUUAUGAAUUUUGUAAAAAGAGUAUACUAUAAAUUGGUUAAAUGUUAUGAUAUAUUUAUUGAUAAUUGAAAUUUAUUUUGAGUUAUCUUAGCCAUGGAACAUAUCAUAUAUUUUAUAAUUAAAGAUGAUUUCUCAAGAAUAUCUUAGUACAUAUUUUCAAAAAUUUGUUAAGUCCAAUGUCACCUAUAUAAAAUUAUUUUUGCUGUUUUCCAGAUUGAUA